AUGCUCUCAGAACAGAGAUGGCAGCGAUGCAGGCGCUGUAUUACACGCCAGCCUCCAAGCUGAACUCCUUCGUCUCUCAGCAGUUGCAGUCCUGCCGGGAGUGGAAGGAAGAGGUGCUGCAGGUGGUGCAGACCGUGGAACAGUUCCUGAGGCAUGAGCGCUUCUACGGGGAGGAAGAGCUGGACCGGGAGGUGCGGGUGCUGAAGGUGGUCAAGGUGGGCUCCUUAGGGAAUGGCACUGUUCUCAGAAGCACCAGGGAAGUUGAGCUGGUGGCGUUCCUCAGCUGUUUCCGUAGCUUCCAGGAGGAGGCCAGGUACCACAAAGCCAUUCUGAGGAUGAUGAGGGAAAAAGUGCAGUAUUGCCAGGACCUGCAGUGGCUCAGACUUGGUGAUCUGAGGGUGUGUAAGGGAGUCCCUCAUGCUCUUGCCUUCACCAUCCAGACCAAGGUGACAAUGGAACUCAUCACUGUCAGAAUCAUUCCUGCCUACAGAGUCCUGGGGCCUUCUGAGCUGAGGAUCACAUCUCAGCUACCCCCUGAGAUCUACGUGAGUCUGAUUGAGGCCUGUGGUGCUCCUGGAAAUUUCUCCCCAUCCUUCAGCGAGCUGCAGAGGAACUUUGUGAAAUAUCGGCCAACUAAGCUGAAAAGCCUCCUGCGCCUGGUUAAACACUGGUACCAGCAGCACGUAGAAAACGGAUGCCCCAAGGCCAAUCUGCCCCCCAUCUAUGCUCUUGAGCUGCUGACAAUCUACGCCUGGGAAAUGGGUACUCAGAAGGAAGAGAACUUCAUGUUGGAUGAAGGUUUCACCACUGUGAUGGAAUUGCUCCGGGAGUAUAAAUUCAUCUGCAUCUACUGGACCAAGCACUAUACAUUUCAGAAUCCAGUCAUCGAGGACUGUGUCAGGAAACAGUUCAUAAAAAAGAGGCCCAUCAUCCUGGAUCCAGUUGACCCCACCCACAACGUGGCAGAAGGGUACAGAUGGGACAUAGUUGCUCAGAGAGCCCGCCAAUGCCUGAAACAGGACUGUUGCUACAACAACAGGGAGCCAGUCCCCAGCUGGGAAGUGAAGAGGAAUUUUUGUGAAACUAUGGAUAAGUCAAAACUCUGUGUUAUUUUCGAAUAUGAGUUCCGUCGUGGAACCAAUGCGGCACAGACAGCUCAAAAUGUCAAUGAAGUGUUUGGGAAGGCUGUGGCUAACGAACACACGGUACGUCAGUGGUUUGAGAAGUUCUAUUCUGGUGAUUUUAAUCUUGAAAAUGAGCCACGUGGAUUACCUGGGACCAAGGUGGAUAAUGGUGAGCUGUGGUAGAAGCAAAUCCAUCUGAAAUUAUGCAUGAAUUAGCAGCAAGGUUGACAAUACUGGACCAUUUGAAACAAACUGGCAAGUUAGAUGGGUUCAGCAUGAAUUAAACAAGUGUCAAAAGAGCUUGAAGCUCGCCUUCAUUGCUGUCACAACAUAAAGGUGAACAAUAUGAAGGGUUACAUCAUAUUCUAACACAUAAUGAAAAAAUGGAUUCUUUUUGAUAAUCGCAAGUGUUUGGCACAUGGUUGGAUGAAGAUGAAGGGCUGAAACACAGUCCAAAACUGAGUAUUUGUCCAAAAAAGCUAAUGGUGCCUGUUUGGUGGCCCAGUGCUGAUAUUAUCCACUAUAGCUUCAUGAAACCUCAUCAAUCAACCACAGUGGAUGGCGACUGCGACCAGUUCGACAGAAUAAUGAGGGUGCUUGCAAUUAAGCAGCUGGUUAGUCAAUAGAGACAGCACAAUCCUCUUGCAAGACAAUGUUCAACCACAUGUCACACAAACAAUGCUGCUCAUGGGUGGCACCUGUGGCUCAGUGGGUAGAGCACC